AUGAACAGCCUUCGCGAAGCCUUGCUUGCUCCCUUUCCAAAAGGAAUAUCUCAACAAGAAUUGCUCAAAAGCAUGUCUCGGGAUGAAGAGGAUGUGCGCCAAGCCGUCGCGCGAGGAGAAUUUGAAGAACUUCGAGGCAUGGCACGCUACAAUCGAACCUGGAAUAUCAGCAACAGUUAUUGUAGCGUUGGUGAUGGUGUCGAUUCUCUCGAGGGCAGCCUUCAUUCUAUCUGGCAUGUGUACUACCAGCUGAGCCGACACACGUCUCACGAAACUGCUGAGCAUGACCGACUUGUUCUGGACAUUGUCAGGUUUCAGGGACUUGGGCCUUUGACCAGACCCGUGCCGGGCUCCUAUGGGAUUGAUAUCGCACGAACAACAGACGGCACACUGUGGAACGAUCUGCCCUUCUUGGUCUCUGACAUGACUAAGUUCUGGAUGGAUAACUGUGCGACGCUCUCAGGUGCUCAUCGCCUCAAUUUUGCGUCGUUCUUGGCCAAGCUGGCCUCGACGCGUGUCCCCAAUGACAAAUUGUGUCAGAUUGCUCUAAUUCUCUUCCGCUCUACAUUUGAAGAUGCACGAGAUCUUGGCACGGCUGGGGAGGCAGAUGACGAGGACAAAAAACGGGACAUGAGGGACCUCACAGUUGCCCAACUACUCCCGUCUGCUUCAGUGUGGAUCAAAGAAGCGGGAUACAACAUCAUUCAGUUGUCAGAUGUCUCAUGGAACGAUUGCUCCAGCCCUGUUGGCCAUGGUGGUCCCAUGUUUACCCAGUCGGAUCUUGGCAAGCGGUGCCCGAAUGGAUUCACACCUUGGCGGUGGAUGUUCUGGCUCAAGCGUCUGCAUGAGAUCCGGGAUGAGGCGAAGGAGGCCAACGAGAAUGGCCUUGAGGAGUCUGCUGUUGAGGCUAUUGACUCGAUGGUUUCUAAUGUGGAGGAACGGAACUCGGAGAUUUUGAGGGCUUAUCAGAAUGGUGGUGAAGAUCUGCACAAGGAUCAGCAUUUGUCUUGCCUGCAGGGUUUGCUCAAGUCUCACACGGAGAAUACCGACAGCUAG